AUGGUGAAAGAUGCGGGUCUUGCGUGUCGUUUCAUUAUCUCGAAAAGACCAAUCGGCUCACCCGUGACCGAUCGUGCCAUCCCACUUGCGAUAUUUCAAUCAGCACCAGCAAUCGCUGCACAUUACCUGAGGAAAUGGACUCACGACAGUGAGAUUACAAAGGAUAAUAUCGAUAUUCGUAAAAUAAUCGAUUGGGAAUAUUAUAUCGAACGAGUUGGUAAUACCAUUCAGAAGAUUGUCACCAUUCCGGCAGCGCUACAAAAUGUGCCAAAUCCCGUUCCCCGAAUACCCUAUCCAGACUGGUUGGAGAACAAACGUCGUCAACGUGUCAACGAUCAUAAACAACCAAAAAUCAACGAGAUGUUCCGAUCACUCUCGAAUAACGCGAAUAAUACUGAUGAUGGUACUACCAACAAUGCCAGUCAGCGACAACGUGAUAUCGAAGAUAUUACACCUCGAAUACGAGUAGUUGGAGAUGGAGAUGAGGAUAUUGAGACACUCGAAAAGGAUUCAUCGCUUUCAACAAACGGAGUAGGAAAUGUUCGGUUUUUCGUUUGA